AUGACGGUGGGUGCGCGGCUGGGCGCCAAGGUGAGGGGCAGGUACUCCCGCCGCGGGCCCGGCGACGACCAGGUCUCCAUUCUGCCCGGCGAGGAAGAGGAGGAGGCGGUGGCUGGGGACAGCGCAGGGAACCCGCGACCGGAGGCGCUAGAAAAGAAGGAGGAGGAGGGCACUGGUUCCAGGAAAGUGCGCUUCGCCGUCCUGCCCGAAUCCUACGAGCCGCUGCGCCCGCCGCGGUCCGCCGGCAAGCGACCCUACGGGAAGCGGCUGAAGAAGUACGGCAAGAACGUCGGCAAAGCUCUGCAGAAGGGAUGUCGCUACUUGGUGGUCGGCCUGCAAGGAUUAGCGACAGCCUAUUCCGCUCCCUUUGGUGUGGCUGCUCAUGUGGCAUCCUUCGUCCGCUAGAGCAGCUCCAUGUGGCCCACCCGGGGAGGACCUGAGGCCAUUGCUGCUUUCUUAAGAUUAAAUAUGAGACUCACAUCUGAGAAACCUCUUGGACAACUAGUCCCAGCCCCGAGCUCCUGCGCCAGCCUAUUCUGCAGGACUGGGUGCUCCUCUCUAAGCUUCUGGUGCUUUAUAAAAUCAGAGCAGGUUAAAGAAAUGUAAAGACGAGGAAAUAAUCUUCGACUAAUUGACCUGAAGUUCAUCCUCAGACAUGAGCUGGUUUUCUAGAGCUUUGAGAUAUGUGUGGAAGGGAGCCAAAGAUAGAUGGAAAAGCAAGUAAGUGAAGGAGUGAGAAGUGAAGGAAAAUAGAGGAUGGCAGGGGCGGCUGUGGAGGUGGAGAUUUGAGUCUGGCUACUGAGAGGAAUUGUCAAAGCAGUGGAGGAAACAGAUAACAUGGGAUCAGGAAAAGGUAGUCUUUGGUUUUCUGAGGUUUUUUGUUGCUUGUGUUUGUUUUUGGUUUUCCCCAGAGAGAGUUAGGGUUAUGAAUACAAUUAAAAAUAUACUUGGAUAUAAAUGGACUGCAGUCUGAGACAGAGAAAUUUGCUGCAUCACAACUGUUCCUUUCAAAUACUGGACAUGAUGAGUCUUUAAGUCAUAAGACUGAUGUAAAAAUCCACAAGGAAAAUGAGAUGUAUUUUACUUCUUAUUUUGGGGCAUUAAAGGUUUACUGUGAUUAGUAUUUUAAAACAUUUCCUCUGCUG